UGCCUUGUUUACAGUGGAUCAGAGUUACACACGCUCAUCGUUAUCAGUGUGACAACAAUGCAUCCACCAUGAGCAAACAAAUGGAAAUGCAUUACCAAUGACAACAAAAGUAAUGUUGCUUAUGUUAUAUUAUCUUCAAAUCAAUUUCGUCUUGUUUUAUAAGAUAAGAGGUUGGUUGUAAAAUCGCUGUCGCACUGAGGAGCCUAAAUGUUUUGUUUUUUAAAAAAAUCGUCACUUGUUGAUUUGCUGUUUUUAGUCAAUUAUAAGUAUUAAAUCACAAAAUGGUAGUAGAAGUCGAGAGCUUCUUUGGCGUAUACAUGUUAUUUUGCACCAAUCCUAAAUUUAAAGGUCGCAUCUAUAUUGGAUUUACGGUGAACCCUGAGCGUCGCAUUGGACAGCACAAUGCUGGCCGACAUCGAGGGGGAGCCAAGAGGACGAGUGGGAAAGGGCCAUGGGAAAUGGUUCUGAUUAUUCAUGGUUUUCCUUCGGACAUUGCUGCUCUACGGUUUGAGUGGGCGUGGCAGCACCCGCACUCUUCGCGGCGGCUGACCCACGUGCCGCGGCGUGCCACGAAGGAGUCGAGCCUGCAGUUCCACUGGCGCGUGGUCUCCAGCAUGCUGCGCGCGCCCCCCUGGGACCGCCUGCCGCUGACCGCCCGCUGGCUCAAGCAGGAGUACCGCCUGGACUUUGAGCCCGGCCUCCAGCCGCCCCUCCACAUCCCGCUGGCGUUCGGCGCCGUCCGGGCCAAGAAGCAGCAGCAGCAGCCGUCGCAGUCCGAGGAAGAGGAAGAGGUGGCAAAGGACUGGUGUUUCCUGUGCAAACGUCCCGUCAAGGCCGCAGAACAACUGUCCUGCCUCCAACCUUCCUGUCCCAUGACCAGCCACAUGAUUUGCCUGGCCAAGCGUUUCCUGCACGCGGAGCCCUCCCACCUCCUCCCCGUGGAGGGCGAGUGUCCAUCCUGUCACCACUCUGUGCUCUGGGGCAGCCUGCUCCGCCAUCAAAAGGGUUGCCACGGAGACCUGGAAGAGGUCACCGCUGCCACUUCCUCAUCACAUAGCCACUGGGCAGACCAACUGCAGAUAUGACCAAACGAAGCAUGUAAAUAAUGCAAUCAUGACAAGACAUGUCAAGUUAAGUUAAGUCAAGUUACAGGAUACACAUUUGUUUUGUUUACUGUAUUAGAAUAUUCCAUAUACUUGGUGGUAAUAGGACUAGAAGGGGAUGCUGAGUACUUUUGCACUUAAAAAAGUCUUUAUCGGAAAACAUUUUUCAAUGGAGGAUAAUAAAAGGAUUUAGCAGAAGGCAAUAUAAAGUAGCUUUGUAACAAAGGAAAGCAGGGUAAGGAACUUUGAAGUAUAAUUUUUUUAUAAAAAAUGUACAUGUCAAGUUAACAUUUUAUUAUUUUUUUUAACAAGUUGCAAGAUACACAAUUGCUUUGUAUACUGUAUUAGAAUACUCAUAUACUUGGUGUUAAUAGGACUAGGAGGGGAUGCUGAUUAGUUUAGCACUUAAAAUCUCGCCUUCAGCGGCUUGAAGCAAAGUUGCUGAUAUGUUUUGGGAGUGUACUGAACACUUUGCAGUCUCAUGUGAACACAAAAUCACCACACGUUAUCUUGCAUAAAAAAAUGAAAUAAAGACCUAUCUGUUAAA